AUGGACGAGAACCAAGUGUCCGAGGGCUCUCAUCCUCCAAACGGCAUCCCCCUUACGGAUUCCGUGGCGGUUGACUUGAACGGGGCUAUGACCGGCAUAGUGAACGGAGGCAUUGAUGGUGUUAUGAAUGGUCCUACAUUUGUUACACCCGUUGCCGUCAUGGAAAGCUCCAGCGGCUACCAACAAGUCCCUCAUGCGCCUUUUGGCGACAUGGCGCUCGCGAUGAAUGGAAUGCAGCCCGAAAUGUUCGGAAUGCAGCCUCAGCAACCCAUCUCUGCCGAUGAGAUUGCUUUAUACGACAGACAAAUCCGCUUAUGGGGCAUGCAAGUCCAGGAAAAGAUUCGUCGCGCGAACGUUCUUCUCAUCGGAAUGAAAGGCUUGGGCAGCGAAAUCGCGAAAAAUCUUGUUCUAGCAGGAGUUGGAGUAUUGACCAUAUUGGAUCACGAAAUUGUUACAGAAGAGGAUCUGGGAACACAGUUUUUCGUCCAGGAAGCUCAAGUUGGCCAAAACCGUGCGCAGGCGGCCCUGGCAGAACUACAGAAAUUGAAUCCAAGAGUCGAGGUAUAUACGGACCCGCACGCGGCCGUGACCAAGGAUCCCGAAUAUUUCCAGAAUUUCGACAUAACUAUCGCAACAGGUCUCAUUAUGGAUGUACUUGGGACCAUCAACAUGGCCUGCCGGAUGUAUGGUCGAAAAUUCUAUGCCGCAGACACCCACGGUAUGUACGGUUACGUAUUCGCCGACUUGAUCAUACAUGAUUUCGUGAUUGAGAGACAGGAGAGGAAUAAACCCACCAAAGUCGGCGAUAUGGAGACUUCUACGAAAUGCGUCACUGCCGUUGAAUCGAAGAAGGAAAAUGGGAAGACCAUGGAACUUAUUACCUAUCAAGAGACUUACUCCCCCAUUCAGCUGGCCAAUCUUUCUCCUCUUCCGGCGCGGGUAAGGAAUACUCGACGGAGCCGCACCAAAGUCACUCCUCUACUUUCUUGCCUGCGGGCUCUGUUCGACUUUCAAGGUCAGAUGGGGGGGAGGCUCCCUGCGCAUAACAGAGCAGACCUCGAGCUGUUCACGAGAUUGGCAAACCAGAAACACCUAGAGCUCUCGCUUCCACUGGAAAGCUUGAGAUCCGACUUUCUCCGUGCCUUUUUGCAGAACCUUGGCUCCGAAAUCAGUCCCGUGGUAGCGUUCCUGGGAGGCUCUUUGGCACAAGAUGUCAUCAAUGUACUGGGGCAGAAGGAGCAGCCCCUUCAAAACUGGCUCCUUUUCGACGGGGAGGAAUUUACUGCCACCCAGUUUUCGAUACAUCCUAUCAACGACGAUGCCAUGGAGAUGAUAACCACCAACGGGGCUGUGAUGGUGCCAGAGGGUGCACCCUUGGAUGGCACAGUUCAAGUUGCUUGA